CGGACUGGAAAACCAGGAGACUGUAUUGCAGCUGCGGACUCGGCGGUGUGGCGCCCGGCUGUGCAGUGCGCAGGCGUGAGCGGUCUGUACGUCGCGCGCGGCGCUCAGUUGAAGCGGGAGUGAGUUCCUGGGUGAGGAGACCCGGCGGCGGGCGAGCGCCUCUUCUCUCCGCCAUGGCAGCGCUGCGCUACGCCGGCCUGGACGACACGGACAGCGAGGACGAGCUGCCCCCGGGCUGGGAGGAGCGAACUACCAAGGACGGCUGGGUUUACUAUGCCAAUCACACCGAGGAGAAGACUCAGUGGGAGCAUCCGAAAACUGGCAAAAGAAAACGAGUAGCAGGAGAUUUGCCUUAUGGAUGGGAGCAAGAAACAGAUGAGAACGGGCAAGUGUUUUUUGUUGACCACAUAAAUAAGAGAACCACCUACUUGGACCCAAGACUGGCCUUUACUGUGGACGACAACCCGACCAAGCCAACCACCAGGCAGAGAUACGACAGCAGCACCACGGCCAUGGACAUCCUGCAGGGUCGGGACUUCACGGGCAAAGUGGUCGUGGUCACUGGGGCUAAUUCAGGAAUAGGGUUUGAAACUGCCAAGUCUUUUGCUCUGCACGGUGCUCACGUGAUCCUGGCAUGUAGGAAUAUGGCAAGAGCCAGCGAAGCAGUGUCACGUAUUUUAGAAGAGUGGCACAAAGCCAAGGUAGAAGCAAUGACCCUGGACCUUGCUCUGCUCCGUAGCGUGCAGCAUUUUGCUGAAGCGUUCAAGGCCAAGAAUGUGCCUCUUCAUGUGCUUGUGUGCAGCGCUGCGGCUUUUGGUAUUCCCUGGAGCCUCACAAAAGAUGGCCUGGAGACCACCUUCCAGGUGAACCACCUGGGCCACUUCUACCUGGUCCAGCUCCUGCAGGAUGUUUUGUGCCGCUCGGCCCCUGCCCGUGUCGUCGUGGUGUCCUCCGAGUCCCAUAGAUUUACAGAUAUUAAUGACACCUCGGGAAACCUUGACUUUAGCCGCCUGUCUCCAUCACAAAACGACUACUGGGCCAUGCUGGCCUACAACAGGUCCAAGCUCUGCAACAUCCUGUUCUCCAGCGAGCUGCACCGCCGCCUCUCCCCGCGUGGGGUCACUUCCAACGCCGUGCAUCCGGGGAACAUGAUGUAUUCCUCGCUUCACCGAAGCUGGUGGGUGUGGACGCUGCUGUUCACCUUGGCGAGGCCAUUCACCAAGUCCAUGCAACAAGGAGCAGCCACCACUGUCUACUGUGCAGCAGCCCCAGAGAUGGAGGGCCUGGGAGGAAUGUAUUUCAACAACUGCUGCCGCUGCCUGCCCUCGGCCCAAGCACAGAGCGAGGAGACAGCCCAGGCCCUGUGGGAGCUCAGUGAGCGACUGGUGCAGGACCGGCUGGGCAGUGCGUCCGGCUAACGGGGACCCUUCCUGCCCGGCACUGCAGUUCCAUGUCCCUGCAGUGCAGAUACUCAAGAGCAAAGGAAAUCAGAGUGCUUGACAGAUAAGAAGCGGUGACAGGAAACCGAAUUAAAUGCAGGGAUGAGGGACGGUGUCACCUCCCUGCGGCUGGGGUAGGCGUGGGUCCCUCUGCUUUCUGGUGGUGGCCUGUUAGAAAGCAAAAGCUUGGUAGGUAUGUGGGUCUUUCUCUCACUGUAGAAGCACAAGCAGCCCUCUCUCACUUCUAGAGUAGCCUGAUAUCCCCUGUCUCAUGGCCACCACUGCAGCCAGAGGCGGCUUGCCCUGGUACAGGGGAGAAAACUCGAGUGAUCAUCCUCCCGUGAUGGAUUUGCCCAGGAGAUUAUUGUCUCAUUCAUCCCAACCAAGUCUGCACAGGCUUGGCAACUUCGGGGAGAGAGUCCCAGAGGUUUGUUCCAGCUGAUGACGCUGAUGAGUUAGGUAGGCAUAGCACAAGGGUGCAGCAGCCCCUGUCACCGACUCCUUCGCCAAAGCUAUGCAAACAGUUCUUUAGAGAUGAUAACAAAUAAAAUGUCCAAACCAUUUUCUAGAUAGCUAGAUGGGCAAGAAAGGGAGGUCGUGUCCUUGGGAACACACGAAAUGUCCUUGCAGUGGGGGGUAAACCAUCCAUCCCUUCAGCCGCCACACAUGGUCCCGAGAGCAGCCCGGUGGCUGAGCUUCACUCUCUGUCCCCGGCUUCUGCAUCUGCCUUCAGCUUCCUCCCCUUCCUCCCAUCCUAUGCUUAAUAAAAGAUCAUGCUUGACUACGA